AUGGGUAAAUAUGUCAGCAGCUGCCAAUCUGGAGGCCUUCCCACAGCUGUGCAGAACUUAGCGCUGCGCGCGACUGUUGCCUCUGCUGCUCCCUGGGUUGGGGCUGUUUCCCUCUACAAAUACGCCUCCAGUGUUCACAGCCCUCAUCCUGCCAUACAGCCUCUGCAGGCACCCCAGCCUGAGGUCCACCGGCAGGGACAGGAGCCACUGAUUGCCUCCAUGCUGGCCGCAGCACACCCUCAGGAACAGAAGCGGAUGCUGGGAGAACGCUUGUUUCCACUCAUCCAAACAACGCAUUCAAACCUGGCUGGGAAGAUCACGGGAAUACUGCUGGAGAUCGACAACUCCGAGCUGCUCCACAUGUUAGAGUUCCCCCAGUCUCUCCACUCCAAGGUGGAUGAAGCGGUAGCAGUUCUACAGGCUCAUCAUGCCAAGAAAGAAGCUGCCCAGAAAGUGGGCGCUGUUGCUGCUGCUACCUGUUAGACAAGGAAAAACCGAUUCAAAAGCCAAUUAACCCCUCAUGGAGUUCAGCUCAAGGUUUGAAGACUUCCUAGCUUGUCCUAUGGACCUCGACACCAAGAACUACAAACUGCAAAUUUAAUAGGUCAUUUUGUAUCAAAACGUCAAUUAUGAAGUGCCUAGAAUUUUUCAAUUAUACAAAUAUGUUCUCAGGGUUCUGCUGUGGCCCAGUGUUAAUUUUUUUUUCUAUUGUGGGUUUUGAUUUGUCCUCCAAUAAAUUGGUUUAUUUCAUGUACCCAAGUCUUACAUUUCUCAAUAAAGAAAAAAAACUCCAUUAAAAAAAAGAAAUAUGUCAGCAAUUUUUACCCUUUGGUCCUAGUUCAUUCCACUGGGGACCUGCUAAAUACAUUGAAUACUAAUAUGAAAUGAACAAUACUCAGAAAUACAUAUCUGGAGCUUGUAU